AUGAAUCCAAAGUUAUUUUUGCUCUUUAUAGAUAACGUGUUUUGUUCUGGGGGUCAUGAGUCCCGUCCGCAAAUACCAUGUUGCAGCAUCCACUUAUCUUCUCAGUCUUUUUGGGCCAUCGAACCUGUUCAAGCGGACUUCUGGGCAUGGAAGAGAUUGCUUAAGCUCAGAAUUCUAGCUAUUAGAUUCUGCAAAUCUGUGCUAGGAAAUGGACGAACAACUAGUUUCUGGUUUGACGCUUGGACGCCAUUGGGCCAACUGAUCACUUACUUGGGGCCUCUCGGUCCAAGGGCUUUAAGAGUCAGAAAGGAGGCAGUGGUAGCGGAUGUUGCUAGAGACUCAGCGUGGUCUUUACCUCACCCCCGAUCUCAACAGGAAUUUGAUAUACACUCUCAUCUCACUACUAUAGCUCUUCCUCUAUCUCAUGAUAUUGUUGAUGAAUACGAAUGGAUUGUUGAUGACUCUCCUUCAAAUGUUUUCAGUGCCUCUACCACAUGGGAAGCCCUGAGACCAAAGCAGGAGAUUCAAGACUGGCAUGACGUGGUCUGGUUCAAAGGAUCAAUACCGAAGCAUGCCUUUACAAUGUGGACAGCUAACUAUGACAGGUUGCCAACAAAGGCCCGGCUUUCUACGUGGGGUCUCCCGAUCUCACCCCUUUGCUCCUUCUGUUCAAGAGAACCAGAAACGAGGGAGCACUUGUUUUUGACAUGCGAAUACAGUCUCGAAGUCUGGAGCUACGUCUUCAGCAGAUGCCAUCCUCCUACCUCUCCACUCACGGACUGGGCAGAGCUACUCUCUUGGAUCCGAGCCCCUAGCUCUAAGAGACUAUCUCUGCUUAGGAAAUUAACAACUCAAACUGUGGUGUUUCAGUUGUGGAAACAGCGAAAUAACUUGAUCCAUAACAAGAUCUCUCUCCCGGCGACCGCGGUCUUCAGGAGCAUUGACAAAGAGCUGAGAAAUGUUAUCUCUGCUAGAAGGGAGUAUAAGAGAUUCAAAGAUCUUAUGGCAAUGUGGCUUUGA